UAGGGUGAUGGCAAACUCCGAGAAAUCAGUACUUUUCGUGACGCAGCGGCUCUUCCGAUCAGAUGAAGGGAUUAAUUUGCACAAUUCCACUUGCAAUCAAAAGUACAUUUAAUUAGCUUUCGAUUAAUCCCUAACUCAUCAUCCGGAUUGAUUUAUUAAUAUAAAAAUAGUUAAAGUGUUUCACGGGAAUCGGUCGAGAUUGAGCGAGAUUCGAGAAUUCCUCAUACAUUUUGUUCAACAAAAAGUGACUUCUUCACAGAAAAAGAGGUUAUACCAUCCCCUUGUUGUUUUCACAUCGCGCGAGCUCCUCUCCCAAUUUUUAAUGCAAUUUUAGCUAAUUCCGCGUAGAGAGCAAAGCUGUAUUGUUGGUGGUGAUUAAAUUCGCGUGAGUGUGGUUCAUUUAUUGUGGUGCGUUAGUGCGUGGAGAGAACCCCGGGCGUGGUAUUCGCGGGCGGAACCCCCCCCCCGAAAAAAAAAAAUACGGCGUAAGAUUGCACUGUAUUGAUUUUUGUGUGUGCGAUGCGGGACUUGACCAAGAUGGCUGAAUUGAAAUUCGAGGCUCCCCUGGCCCAAUUUGAGACAGACGAGUGGGGCCCACUCGACUAUCAAUCCACCAAUAUGGCCAACAUACGCCCCCGUCCCACGAACCGUGACCUCGAGAUGAAUCUCAAGGAGAACGGGAAUGUGCCAUCGUCGGAGACAAUCUGCGAGGAGGCGCCCACGGUGCCAGCGGAACCCGCCACCGUGGGGCUCAUCCUCAAGGAGAACGACAACUUCAAUGAGGCUUUCUCCGGGAGUCUCGAGGAUCUAGUCAAUACGUUCGAUGAGAAAAUUACAAAAUGCUUCGGGAACUACGAGGAAUCCGUCGCGAAUCUCGCUCCAGUGCAAAUCAGGAGUCAGGAGGACAUCAUGAAUGAAUGCCAGAUGUGGUGGACAAUUACGGGAAAUUUCGGGAAUAUCCUCCCAAUUGACUGGAGUAAAUCCUUCACGCGACAAAUGCAAAUUCCCACGCUGAACCUCAGCGAACGCUCCCAGGAGAAGAGCGAAAGUGAGAUGAAUGAUUUGUGUUCAGAGGAUGAGGCGGUGGCCAAUGAUUUGGACAUGCAUGCCCUCAUUCUCAAUGAUAUGGCCAGUGAGGUGGAGGAGCCCAUUAAGACGGCUGAGGAGGUGAUAAAGGAGAUUGUUGACAUUAUGGAUGAGGUGUCAUCAAUUGAGGAUGAACCCCCCACGGAUGGGGGGAGACUGGAGAAGACCAAAGAAAUUUUCGGUGAAAUCUUCUAUGAGGACAAACUCAAAACCCUCACAAUUUCGCAGCUCAAUGAUCUCUACAUGGAGAUGGAGGUGCUUUUCCGGGAAUACUCAGAGACCCUCAUUGCCGAGCUGGCGGCACGCGAUGAGUUGGAAUUUGAGAAGGAGCUCAAGAAUUCCUUCAUCUCACUCCUCUUGGCCGUACAGAAUCGCCGUCGGCAGUAUCAUACGGAGAGGAAGCGCGAUAAGAAUCGACACGAUCCCGAGCCCAAGUACCUCACAACGGUGAUUCCAUACCACAUGGAUGACGGACCGCCGCCGAAUCAUAUUCUCCAGAUUCUCAUCAAGAUUCUCAAGGCAAUAAAUGAAGACAGCCCAACAGUUCCAACACUCCUCACAGACUACAUACUAAAGGUACUCUGUCCAACAUAGAGGAACACGUCAGAGUGCGUGAGGGGGCGGCUAUUUGGUGUGAGACAUUGUGAGGAAGUGGCAUGAGGUAAGGAGUGAAUCACAAUUGUGCUAUAAUUAAGUUAAAUAUUCAAACGAAGAGAAGAAAAUUGUUUAGAGUGCAAAGAAAAUGAAAAGAAAAAGAGUUUAAGGCAGUGAUGGGAAAUUUUUGUACAAUUUCUCAUCAAUAUUUCUCAUUCUCAAAUCUUUUGCUCUAGUCACACCUCCGGUAAAUUUAGCACAAUCAUCCGGAUGGGGAAUUUUAAAAGGAAAAAGGGUCAAUUUGUGUUCCACAAUUUAAAGAAAAAUAAAUCAGUCUGUGCUUAUAGACAAAUAAAAAAAAGCUUCCCAAUUGACCCUUCUCAAGUGCUUAUUUUACUGCCAGUUAAUAUACAAUUUAAUCAAAUAUAGUUUAAAUUUUAGUCAUAGAAUUUGUUCUCAAAUUGCUCUCUGCGGUGGAGCAUAAAAAUGUUAAAUUUUGAGAAUGAGAAAGAUAAAAAGUCUUCAAAAGAAAAAUUUUAUUUGCACUCUAGGCUUGAAAUAAUAGCGAGGUGUGCUUCAAAAUUGGCUUAAAAUAUCAUAAAAACUUCUUCAAAAAUAGAGAAAGAAGAUAAACUGGCAAGAAGAGAGUUAAAGGGUGUUCCAUGUUAAAUGCGCAAAAACUUUUAUAAAUGAAAGUUGAAAAGAGUUGAGGGAAUAAAUUUCUUUUGAAGAAAAUUCAAGAGUUUGAGGAGAAAAUUGUUUAAUUCGUUGAAUUAAUUUUUUAUGAAUUAAUUCUCAGAUUUUUCAAAAUUUAGAUCUUUUGAUUCAGAAAAAGCCCAUAUUAGGGGAAAAUAAUGAAGUUAAUGACAUCUAUUAAUUUAUAAAGUUCCUAAAGGUUUUUGGAGCUCUGCACAAAAAAUUACUUUAAAUAUAUUUUAAAAUAUUCUGAUGAUUUAAAACAAUAUUAAUAAAAAUUUUAUGACAUUACAAUAUUGAUUGAAUUGAUUUAGAAUUUGGGCUUAAGAGGCGUUUUAAAGAUUUAGAUUUUUUGUAGAUUAGAUUUUUUAUAUUCCUCAAUAUUUUAUAAUACCUAAUUUAUCUCUGAUUUAGACAUUUCUUCUCUAACUUUUCAAUUCAAAUUUUUUUAAAUUCUAAUUACCAAAAAAAGAAUAAAAGAAAUUCUUUCUUUCUCAAUUUUUUCAUCUAACGUGGAACACCCACUAUUUUAUAUAUAAAUCUUCAUUCUUCUGAGAAAAGCUAACAGAGAUGGUUUAAUUAAAAAAAAAACAUGCUGUUCUACUUAGAAAAAAAAAGUAAAAAGAAAAAAAAUCUUUUCCGAAAGAAAACUCUUCAUCCUUUCAUGUUGUAAUCUCGAUAUUAAUCACAGACAGAGGUGCAAUGAUAUUAAAAAAAAAUAAUAAUAUUAAAUGAAACUAUUAAUUCCUCUAGAUGUGUAGCAAUGUCACCCCAUUAUUCUUUCAUGUAUAAAAAUUAAAAUGUAAUUGUAUAUUAUAUACAAUCAUAAUUAUUUAAAUAAAAAAAAAACCUAUGUACUGUACAAGCUUCGAAGCACUUUUACAUAAACUAAAAGGAAGUUUAUAUAGAAAAAAAAAAUAAAUAAGAAAAGUAAAAGAAAUGAACAAAAUGUGAGACAUUUACGUGAUUCUAAUGCAAACAAAUAAAAACUAUAAAAUAUAACAUAAAUAGACUUUUUUUUUUAUUUUAUUAAAGUAAUCUCUUAAUAAGAGCUUUGUAAUUUUUAUUUCUUUUUAAUCCUAUAUUUAUAUAUAAAGAAAAAUCAACUCUAUAUUAUAUAUAAGAGAGAAAGUUUUUAUUAUAUUUCUAUAUUUUUUGAUAUUCUUUGUUGCAAUUUUUUUUUUGUGAAUAAUUCUUCAUUUUUUUGACUCUUGUUUUAUCAUUAUUAUAUUUUUUAUUUAAAAAUUCAUUUUUAAAUUUAUUAAAAAUGCUUCAUUUACUCAUAAGAAAAGCUAAAAAAAAAAGAAUGAAAAAGGAAAACAAGAGUCAUUACUCGAAAAUAUGUGUAAUUUCGUGUUUUAAUCAAUUUAGAAACAAAACAAGAAGAAGAAAAAAAAGAAAAGAUGAAGUGAAAAAAUAAAUCAGUUGGAUUUUAUGUGAAAAGAUGAAAAGAAGAAGAAGAGAUGGGAAUUUUCUGUAAAAUUCUUGUAUUUGUUGCAAGUAAAACGAAUAAAAGCUUUGAAAGUAA